CGCGCGCGGGUAGCGCACAGCGCAGCGGAGGGCGCCUCACGCCCGCGGCCGGAGGGUUUUUCUCUUCCUACGUUGAGCUGGAACCUGCGCUUGGCGCUAGGCGUCGUCCGUGCAGGGCGGGCAGUGGCUGCAGCCCUUCACAUCCCGGGCGUCCCGCCACCACACACACCUCGGACGGUCCGGGAGUCGCCUCGCGUUGGGGACAGUCGUCCUGAGAACCGCGUCUGCCUUCGGUCUCGCCACUUUCGGGCCACACAGAACCCGCCGUUGGCGCGUUUUCCCGUCUAGAACCUUCCGGUGACGCCGGCCGCCAGCCCCGCCCGCGAUUGACUUCUGAAGACUCAUGUUAAGUGAACAAGAAGCCUAAAAGCGCAGGAAGAGGAAAGGAAAGGAGUCAGGAAUGGCUCUUACUCAGGAUUGACUUGUAAACACUCCAGUUACGUGAAGAAGAAGUCCAGAAGAGGAAAGGAAAGGAGUCAGGAAUGGCUCUGACUCAGAGGCCUUUGACAUUCAGGGAUGUGGCCAUAGAAUUCUCUCAGGAGGAAUGGACGUGCCUGGACCUUGCUCAGAGGACUUUAUACAGGGACGUGAUGUUGGAGAACUAUAGGAACCUGGUCUCCCUGGAUGUUCUGCCCUUCACCAUAGUAGGCGCAGGUAUCUCUCCUAUAUGUAUGAUAAGUGAAUUCCCACCUAAAGAAAACAGUAAUACAGGAGAAAUAUCCCUAACAGGGAUGUUGGAAAGGAAUGAAAGCCAUGACAUGGAAGAUUUUUGGUUUAGGAAAAUCCAGAAAAAUAUACGAAACUUUCAGUAUCAGUGGCAAGUCGCUGAAACACAUUACCAAAGAAUGCAUAAUACCCAUGAGGAAAAUCUCAGUGGUAGAAGAGAUCAGCAUGAUAGAAGGAAUGUAGGAAAUAUGUUUUUUAAAAAUGAGCUUGGAUUAAACUUUCACUCACAUCUAUCAGAACUGCAGCUAUUUAAGGCUGAAGAGGAAAUUUAUGAAUGGAAUCAUAUGCAGAACUAUGUCAACAAUUCCUUGGUUUCUCCACCGGAUAGAAUUCCUUCUACUAUCAAACCUCACAUAUGUCAUGAAGAUAUGAAUGAUUUUAUGGAUUCAUUAUUUACACAGAAACAGAAAGCACACAUAGAGACAGAACAUUUCAAAGUUAAUGAGUUUGGCAAGACCUUUAAUCAAGGCUUACAUGUCACUGUACAUCAAAUAAUCCAUGCAGAAGAGAAACGAUUUGAAUGUAAUAUAUGUACUAAGGUCUUUAAUAAAAAAUCAUACCUUGCAAGUCAUCAGAGAAUACAUACUGGAGAGAAACCUUACAAGUGUAAAGAAUGUGGCAAGGUCUUCAAUAAUAUUUCACAUCUUGCACAACAUCGGAGAGUACACACUGGAGAGAAACCUUACAAAUGUAAUGAAUGUGGAAAGGUCUUCAGUCAAAUUUCACACCUUGCACAACAUCGGAGAAUUCACACUGGUGAAAAACCUUACAAAUGUAAUGAAUGUGGAAAGGUAUUCCAUCAGAUUUCACACCUUGCACAACAUCAGACAAUUCAUACUGGAGAGAAACCUUACAAAUGUAAUGAAUGUGGUAAGGUGUUCAGUCGAAAUUCAUACCUAGUACAACAUCUGAUAAUCCACACAGGAGAGAAACCUUACAAAUGUAAUGAAUGUGGCAAGGUCUUUAAUCAUAUUUCACACCUUGCACAACAUCGGAGAAUUCAUACUGGAGAGAAACCUUACAAAUGUAAUGAAUGUUUGAAGGUGUUCAGUCAUAAGUCAUCCCUAGCAAAUCAUUGGAGAAUUCAUACUGGAGAGAAACCUUAUAAAUGUAAUGAAUGUGGCAAGGUAUUCAGUCGCAAUUCAUACCUUGUGCAACAUCUAAUAAUUCAUACUGGAGAGAAACCUUAUAAAUGUAAUGAAUGUGGCAAGGUGUUCACUCAAAAUUCACACCUUGUAAAUCAUCAAAGAAUCCAUACUGGAGAGAAACCUUACAAAUGUAAUGAAUGUGGCAAAGUCUUCAGUCAAAAUUCAUAUCUUGUAUAUCAUUGCAGAAUUCAUACUGGAGAGAAACCUUACAAAUGUCAUGAGUGUGGAAAGGUCUUCAGUCUAAACUCCUCCUUGGCACAUCAUCGGAGAGUUCACACUGGAGAGAAACCUUACAAGUGUAACGAGUGUGGCAAAACCUUUAGUGUGCGUUCAAGCCUUACUAACCAUCAUAGAAUCCAUACUGGAGAAACCUUUUAAGUAUCAUGAAAUCAGUGUGGCAAGUGGGAAUUCGUAUGUUGCACAUCAUCAAGAGAUUUCAUCCUGUGGAGAAAUUUUAUUAAUGUGACAAUGUAAUGAAUGUAAUGAAUGUAAUUAACAUGGGAAGGUAUUAUGUCACCAUUAAAGCCUUGAAAGACAUUAGAUAAUUCACAGUAAAAGUAAAAUUUAAAGUGUGAUGAAUGCAGCAAAGCCUUUAGUCAUUACUUAAGGCAUAAUAACUGCCAGUUAAUGCAUAGUGGAGAACAGCCUUACAAAUGUAUUGAAUGUGACGAGCUUCAGGGUAGAAUUUGGACAUCAGUAUUCUCCAAACAAUUCUUGCUUGAGACAAACCUAACAAAUGCCAAUCUCUUAGUGUACUUUCACUCCUUAGGCACAUCAGAUAACUCAUACAGGAGAGAAGCCGUUCAAACGUGGGAAGGUCUUCUGCCACAAUUAACACCUUACACAUCAUCAGAAUUCGUACCUGAGAGAAAACUUAGAAAUACGAUGAGAGUUUCAAAACUUUGUUAUGAGUUCAAGCAUGAUCAGAACAGGGAAUUCAUAAUUCCCUUUCAUGUAAUUAUAAUGUAUGUGACAGAUAUUUUCAUGGCUUCAAACUCAGUAGGCAUCAAAAAAUAAAUCUUUGGUGAAACCAUACAAAGCUAAGGUGCAUGAUUAGGCAUUUAUUGAAACAUCAAAACUGAUGAUGUCAGCCAGUCCUGGUGGCUCACACCUCUAAUCCUAGCACUCUGGGAGGCCAAGGCCGGCAGAUAGCUAGAGAUCAGGAGUUUAAA